CGAGGUGAGGAUUGUCACGUUCCGGACGGCGACAGCAGAGCGAGCAGCGAGGUGGGCAGCAGCAUUAGACGGAGGGCCAGCCAAAGAGCCUGAGCAUUCGCAAGUGGUUGAUGAAGAAGAACUCCCUGAACCGCCUCCCGGUCGUGGUGAAGAAGAUGGAGACAGACACGAAUGGGCGUGACGUGGAGGCGCCGGUGGAGAAGAUGGACACGCAGGACCUCGAGAUCGAUGCCAAUGUCAUUCCGGCCAACGUGUGCGACACACCAAUGCGCUCAGAGGAGUUCGACGAGACGCUACCGAUGGAGGAGAAUGUGGACUUUGCCCCCACAGCCACUUCGCCGCUGCACCCCUUCGGGCAGCAACAGACGGAGCCCCCGCGCGAGGACAGCACCAUGGAGGAGGAGGACCACGCGCGAUCAGAGGCGACGUUCACCUUUCGGGUGGAGGAGUUCAGCAAACUCAACGAGCAACUCCUGUCGCCGCCCUGCUACGUGCGCAACCUCCCCUGGAAGAUCAUGGUGAUGCCGCGGAUUACACAGGGCGGUGAUCGGCCAAACGCCGACAAUCGCUCGCUCGGCUUCUUCCUGCAGUGCAACGGCGAGAACGACUCGCCGUCGUGGACGUGCAAGGCCACGGCCGACCUCAGCAUUCACAACUUUAAGCCAGACGUGGAGCCGCUGAGCCGGAAGAUCACCCACGUGUUCUACAGCAAGGAAAACGACUGGGGCUUCAGUCACUUCAUGUCCUGGAACGACGUGCUGGACCCGGAGAAGGGCUACAUCAUGGACGACGCCAUCGUGUUGGAGGUGCAUGUGGUGGCCGAGGCGCCGCACGGCGUGUUCUGGGACAGCAAAAAGUACACAGGCUACGUGGGACUGAAGAACCAAGGUGCCACAUGCUACAUGAAUUCCCUGCUGCAGACCCUCUACUUCACUAAUCACCUCCGGAAGGCGGUGUAUAAGAUGCCCACGGAAGCGGAUGACAGCAGCAAGAGUGUGGCUCUGGCGUUGCAGCGAGUCUUCCAGGAGCUGCAGUUCUCAGACAAGCCCGUGGGCACGAAAAAGCUGACCAAGAGCUUCGGUUGGGAGACUCUUGACAGCUUUAUGCAGCACGAUGUGCAGGAGUUUCUGCGUGUGCUGCUGGACAAGUUGGAGAGCAAGAUGAAGGGCACGUGUCUGGAGGGAACGAUUCCGCGUCUGUUCGAGGGCAAAAUGUCAUCUUACAUCAAGUGCAAGAAUGUGGAAUACACAAGUACGCGCAUCGAGACGUUCUAUGACAUUCAGCUGAACAUCAAGGGAAAGAAGAACAUUGAUGAGAGCUUCAAGGAUUACGUGGCCACGGAGACGCUGGACGAUGAUAACAAGUACGAUGCGGGUGAACAUGGACUGCAGGAGGCGGAGAAAGGAGUGAUCUUCGUCUCAUUUCCGCCUGUCCUGCAUCUUCACUUAAUGCGAUUCCAAUAUGAUCCCGUGACAGACAACAGCGUAAAGUUCAACGAUCGCUUUGAGUUCUAUGAGCACAUCUCGCUGGAUGCGUAUCUGCAAGAGCCGGAGGCGACGCCGGCGGAGUACACACUUCACGCCGUGCUUGUGCACUCAGGUGACAACCAUGGCGGUCACUAUGUGGUGUACAUCAAUCCACUGGGCGAUGGGAAGUGGUGCAAGUUCGAUGACGACGUGGUUUCCAGAUGCACCAAAGCUGAGGCGAUUGAACACAAUUAUGGCGGAUUGGAUGACGAUCUGAGUCUCCAGGCGCGCCAUUGCAGCAAUGCGUAUAUGCUGGUGUACAUCAGGGACUCAGCCCUGCCCACUGUACUGCAAGACAUCAGCGAACAGGACAUCCCGACCGAGCUGGUGGAUCGCCUGGCGGAGGAGAAGCGCAUGGAACAGGUGCGGCGGUUGGAGCGCAGCGAGGCGAAUGCGUACAUGAAUGUGCACGUGGUGCUGGAGGAGUACUUCGAGGGUCACCAGGUGACAGAUCUCUUUGACUAUGAGAAGGUGCAUUUGCGUGUGUUUCGCGUGAAGCGCACGGUGACCAUGACGGAGCUGAUGGAGAUGCUAGUGGAGGCGUUCAGGACGCCGGCAGAGCAGAUGCGGCUGUGGCCAUUGUCGCAGCGUCACAGCAAUUUGACGCGUCCGAUGGUGUUUGACAUUCAGGAUGAUGGGAAUAAGCUGGUGAUCACAGUGGCGGACGGACAGAAUCCGUGGACAGUGUUCCUGGAGAUGCUGCAGCCGGACGCUGGCGGUCAUCAGUUGCCCGUGUUUGACAAGGACACAGACGUGCUGCUCUUCUUCAAAUACUACGAUCCAAAUCAGAAGAAGCUCCACUAUGUGGGUCAUGGCUACUACAAUCUGACGAUGAAGAUUGGGGACCUCGUGCCGGACUUGCUGGAUCGCGUGGGCUGGCAGAGGGAGACGCAGGUGAUUCUGUAUGAGGAGCAGGCGAGUGGAUUUGUCGUGAGGAUCAACAAUUUCAAUGAGACCAUUGAAAAGAGCAUGAGAGAGAUCACAGAUGGGGACAUAAUUAUCUUUGAGAAACGCGAAAAGGCGGAGAAUCUGGAAUUGCCGACAGUUGAGGAUUACUUCAGGGAUUUGCUGUAUCGCGUCGAGGUGACAUUCAUUGACAAAACCAAUCCCAAUGAUUCGGGCUUCACGCUGGAACUCUCUCAAAGGAUGUCAUAUGAUCAGUGGGUAAAGGUCGUGGGCCAGCGAAUGAAUGUGGAUCCGUACGAGAUUCAGUUCUUCAAGUGUCAGACGUACAAGGAUGUGCCGGGCAAUGCGCUGAGAAGCUCGUAUGACGGCACACUGAAGGACAUCUUGAUUUACAACAAGCCAAAAAGCAGCAAGAAGAUCUUCUACCAGAUCCUCUCCAUGAACAUCAAUGAGCUGGAGACGAAGAAGCAAUUCAAGUGCCUCUGGGUCUCGGCCAAUCUCAAGGAGGAGAAGGAGAUCGUGCUGUAUCCCAGCAAGUGUGGCACGGUGAAGACGCUGCUGGACGAGGCGGCGAAGCAGGUGGAGUUCAGCGAGGGUGGCUCGCGGCGGCUGCGCGUGGCGGAGAUUGUGGGGCACAAGCUGGUGAUGGGACCGAAUGAGGACACACAGCUGGAGUGCCUGCAGACGAGUGCCGAGCAGACGCUGACGAAUCAGAAGGUGUACAGAAUCGAGGAAGUGCCCAAGGAUGAGGUGAAUUUGGCGGCGGAUGAGCUGCUCGUGCCUGUGACGCACUUCUACAAGGACAUCUACAACACCUUCGGCAUCCCAUUCUUCAUCAAGGUGAAGAAUGGCGAGCCUUACGCGUCACUGAGGCGUCGCAUCAAGGCGCGCCUGGGUGUGCCGGACAAGGAGUGGGAGAAGUACAAGCUCGCCAUCCUCACCAUGAACCGCAUUGACUACAUCACCACCGAGGACGAGGGGUGUGUCAAUGUGAGUGACUUCCGGAGUCAGACGACGAACAACCCGAGGCAAACGGCACCCUACUUCGGGCUAGAGCACAUCAAUAAGCUCCAGAAGCGAUCACGCUUUAGCUAUCUUGAGAAGGCGAUCAAGAUUUACAAUUGAACUUACAUACUAUAUUUGCUAAUGGCGUCAAUAUUGGAUAUAUUCUUCUCAUCAGCCCUCCUUCCCGAACACCUCCCCUCCACGCCCACCCUCUCCUCACCGCCUCGUCCCCGUUGGAUCCUCUGCAUUAUUUUUACUCUAGGAUUUCUAUUGUAGAUUUUGAAGGAGAUAAAUUGUGUGAGAGAGAGAGAGAGAGAGAUGAUUGUAAAGAUAAGGAAAAUUGAAAAUUAUGAUGGUAAAUUGCAAAAGAUGCAGCAUAAAUAAAAAAAAGGAGGAUGAAAAUUUUAUUGUAAAUCAAGAGAUUCACGUGUAAAAUGUUUACUUUGGAGACAGAAGAUGAUGAGUUUUGAGACUUUGUGACUUUUCUUUUGCAUUCGAGUAUUAACAAUUCGAUGUUCACGAUUAAUUGAUUUUUAAUAAAAGGUCAUACAUUUAGAA